GACAGUUGUAAGAUUCCUUCUUCCAAUUUCCAAAUAUAAAAUAAGCCAAUUUUAUCCAAAGUUAUCUCGUUAAUCUUGUGUUUGUGUGAAUAACCAUUAAUUAAUGAAUAAAAUGGCUCCUAAAGCGGGUGGAGAUUCGGCGAAAGUUAACUCAGCUGUGUAUAAAGAUAAAAGUAAACCAACUGAUAUUCGUCUCAGUAACAUAAAUGCCGCAAAAGCUGUCUCAGAUGCUAUAAGGACAAGUUUGGGUCCUCGUGGUAUGGACAAGAUGAUUCAAGCAGCCAAUGGUGAAGUAACUAUCACAAAUGAUGGAGCAACUAUCUUAAAGCAAAUGUGUGUCAUUCAUCCUGCAGCAAAAAUGCUUGUGGAGCUAUCCCGUGCACAGGAUAUUGAGGCUGGAGAUGGGACAACAUCAGUUGUCGUAAUUGCGGGUGCAUUGCUUGAUGCUGCUGAGAAGCUAUUGCAAAAAGGAAUUCAUCCCACUGUUAUAUCAGAUGGCUUUCAGAAGGCUUUAAAAAUGGCAUUGCAGGUUGUAGAAAGCAUGUCAACUCCAGUUGAUUUGUCGAAUGAGGAUGCAUUAUUGAAAGCUGCAGCAACGUCCCUGAAUUCAAAAGUUGUCUCCCAACACUCUACAAUACUAGCACCUAUUGCAGUUCAAGCAAUCCGUUCUGUAAUGGAGCCAAUUCCUGGAGGUGUGGGUGCUCGUGUUGAUUUGCGUGAUGUCAAGGUUAUUGAGCGUAUUGGAGGCACUGUUGAGGAUACAGAAUUAGUUCAAGGUCUGGUUAUUGCUCAUCGCUCAGCAAAUGUGAAUGGACCACAUCGUAUUGAAAAAGCUAAAGUUGGUCUUAUUCAAUUCUGCAUAUCACCACCCAAAACUGAUAUGGAUCACAAUGUCAUUGUAUCUGAUUAUGCUGCUAUGGACCGUGUUCUAAAGGAAGAGCGUCAGUACAUCUUGAACAUUGUUAAACAAAUCAAAAAGGCUGGAUGCAAUGUUCUGCUGGUUCAGAAAUCUAUCUUGAGAGAUGCCCUCAGUGACUUAGCUGUUCAUUUCUUGGACAAAAUCAAGACUAUGGUUAUUAAAGAUAUUGAGCGUGAGGACAUUGAAUUUGUAUGCAAAACACUUGGAUGUCGCCCAAUUGCAUCUCUUGAUCAUUUCACAGCUGAGAAUUUAGUAAAUGUUGAUUUAGUUGAAGAAAUCAAUGAACCUUUGGGGAAAUAUAUCAAGAUGACGGGCUGCUCCAACGGCGGGCGUACAGUUUCCGUAGUAGUACGCGGCACCAGCGGCGCGGUGACCGCCGAGGCGGCGCGUUCGCUGCAUGACGCGCUGUGCGCGGUGCGCUGCGUGGCGCGGCGGCCGGCGCUGUUGCCGGGCGGCGGCGCACCGGAAGCGGCAGCCGCCGCGGAGUUGACGCGGGCAGCGCUCGCCGCGCCCGGGGCGGACCACUACUGUCUGAGGGCGUACGCGGACGCGUUGGAAGUCAUUCCGUCUACGUUGGCUGAGAAUGCAGGUCUGAACCCGAUCGAGACGGUGACGGAGCUGCGCGCGGCGCACGCGACGGGCUCGGCGAGCGGCGCCGGCGUGAACGUGCGCCGCGGCCGCGUGACCGACAUGCGCCACGAGCACGUGCUGCAGCCGCUGCACGUCACCGCGUCCGCGCUCGCGCUCGCUACUGAGACCGUACGCGCUAUACUCAAGAUUGACGAUAUUAUCAACACAAUUAACUGAUGUGGCAUUUAAAAAUAUACACAUAGUAUUAACAAUAUGUUUU